AUGGCCACCGCUCUCUUAGCUCAAAGCGAUGAGAGCCCCAUCACCGCCGCACUACCGCCAAACACAGACUACAUCACUUACCUGACAAUCCUGGAAUAUCAAUUGAAUCCCUCAAAUCUUGCCCUCCUCAACAAUGUCCUUAAGAAGGACGAUGGCACUCUAGCCAAAGAGAUCGGUUGGGAUCUUCUUCGCUUAGUCCUGCCGAUGCUGAACGAAGCGCCUAGCGAAGCAAGAGAGUGCCUGGAACUGAUAGCAAAGCAAGGCAAUCCGCGUGAAGUCGUCGUUCGUAUCGCAGAGGAGCUUGAGAAGUUGGGCCAAUCCUUAGACGACGUGGAGUCUGAUGACAGCGUUUCAGAAGAAGAGGGUGAUGAUGGACUGCCAACAUUCGCCGGCGAGGCUCCACGGGUGCAUCUGGGUCAGAUGAAGCUCGACGGCAUGCCAGAAGCAGAGAAGAUGCCAUCUCCGCAGCCUGAUGCGAUGCCUGAGAGAUUCCAGCGUCAUGGCAGUGAUGAUGUCCUCGUCUUCCACGCACUGCUAUCAAUGCUCAGCGUUGUGCAUCCUCGGAUCAAGACACAGUAUCCCAGCAGGUUUCUUGCAACUUCAUUGCCCGCUGCACUAUCCGCAUACCGGCGCAUGCCAAUCACCACAGGGACUACAGAAAUUGUGCUUCGAUGCUUGAACAGUCUUGCAGGCAGACAGCGCCCACCGGUUCCCCUACGACCAUCCGCGACUGAGCAGUCACAGACUCAGCAUGGCCAGGCGCCGUUGCCAGACCCCGAGGCGCCUCAAGAGGCGCAAGCGGGGACGAAUGUCGCUUCUCAGUCCGAGAAGGAUAUCAUAAAACGGCUGUUACAGGCAGUCAUGCUUGAAGCGCUGGACGAAUACGUGGCAUCCCUUCAAGGCGACGGCCUGGCUUCCAUGUUGUGGACGAGACGUCUGCGCGAAUCAGCCCAACGAAAGACAAUUCUCACGGCUCCUGGCAAACCCACCGCCAUAGACAUCUUCACUAUUCCGCCUUUCAACAAUCGCGAUGUGCUCAUGCGAAAAUUUGUCUCGCUUUCGGACGUCCUCGAGAUCAAUGCGGAAGCCCAAAUCGAACGCAUACUCAAUCCGCCCUCGAUCAGCGCACAAGACAACGACGCACUCGAAACCGAAAGCGAGGAGCCUUCAGAGUACCCGACAUCACCUUCACAAAUCCCCUUUCCGACCACUGGCGUCGUCCUCAUGCUAGCUGCUAGUCAAUUUGCAAGAGACGCUAAGACUGACUCAGCAAUUGACUUGCGAGCGAUUGCUCAGCUCUUCAAUGUUACCACGCCCUUCUCCGACUCCCCUAAGAUCCCGAGUCCAGGCAUACACGAUGCUCUCCACAGCCUGAUACUUCGCUCCAUCACUUCCCAGCCCUCCGGCAUUUCGAGUCUUGGAAGCAAUCCCUACAUCCGCAUCUUGUCCAUACUCACGCAGGCAUUCACUAUAACGCCCGACAUCCAGUCUCGCGACGAUGCACACUAUCUAGCCACGAAACUGUUGCAAAUACAGCCUGACUCUGCGCUGCGGCUCACGGCCAUCAAGCAGACACUCAAAUGCGAAGCUGUCACCCAAUUGAGGCCCACUGGAGGGCUUCAGACUGUUCCCCUGGCUACACCGUUCACAGAGGGCGCGCUCAAAGCUGUGGGCAUCAACUGGCUCAAGGAUGAUCUACUGGCUUCGUUACAAGGCGCCGCUGCAACUGCUGACAAGGUAGAGUCUUCGCGACAGCCCUUAGAAGCUAAAAUUCUGCAGGAAGACGACACUCUCAAAGCGCUUCUUUUCGGCUCCAACAUCCCAUCACCUCCCGCGGAUGACGCAAAGGACGACUCCGCCGUCUCGAAGAUACUUCUUGCUCUGCCAUACUACAUCGCGCUCCUCAACUUCUGCACGGUCCUUAUUUCCCGACUCCCGCCAUCAACUGGAGCCGAUCUCAAGCCUGAUGCAAUAGCACUGGUGGAGAAGCUGAAGCCGUGGUGGGUGUACUUUAUUGAUAUACUAGAUCGCGGCAAGAAGGCGAGUGAUGAGGCGGAAAUAGAGGCUGAAGAUAUCAUGACGAGCGCGAGCGACAUAUAUGCGUUUGAGGAUGCUGGGCUACGGCUGGAGGGCGUGCUUGUUCCGGCUGCGAUAGAGGCUGCCCUUGCUGCGGCCAGUGACUCUUAG